AAUAAUGAUAAUAAAAAUAAUAACUAUAAUAACUAUAAUAACGAUAAUGACGAUAAUAUCGAAAACAACUGUAAUAAUAAUAAUAAUAAUAAUAAAAAUAAUAAUGAUUAUAACGACAAUAAUAAUAAUAAUAAUAAUAAUAACGAUAAUAACAACGUUAACGAUAAUAACGAUAAUGAGGAAAAUAAUAGUAAUAAUAACGAAAAUAACGAUAAUAUCAAUAAUAACUAUAACAACGAUAAUAACGAUUAUAACGAUAAUAAUGGUAAAAAUGAAAAUAACAAUAAUAACAACGAUAAAAACGAUAAUAACUAUAAUAAAGAUAAUAGUAAUAAUAAUAAUAAUAACGAAUAUAAUGGUAAUUACCAAAAUAACGAUUACAACGAUAAUAACAUUGAUAAUGAUAAUAAUAACUAUAAUAACAAUGAUAACGAUAAUAACAAUAAUAACAAUUAUAAUAAUAAUAACGUUAAUAACGAUAAUAUCUAUAAUAGAGAUAAUAACGAUAAUGAUAAUAAUAACGAU